AUGACUACAUCUAAAAUAUUAAUUGGAGUUUGUUUUAUUAUUUUUGCUGGUAUCUUCGAUUUCGCGAAGGCAGUACCACAAUGGCGCAGGGGAUUAAAUGGCUACGAAUAUUUAAUCGAAAUUGAACAAAAGUACAACUGGUUUGAAGCAUCACACCUCUGUGCAAGUCAAAAUUUGCAUUUGGUGGAAAUUGACUCGGAGAAAAAGAAUACGGAUUUGAUCCAUGUGCUGAAAAUAUAUCCAGGAUCUUCGCGUAAUUUAUGGUUGGGUGCCAAUGAUGAAUUCAAUCAGGCCAAAGAUAAGAAACGUGCCUUCUACUGGUCGUCGGGAAAGAAAAUGGUUUUCAACUUCUGGUCCAUUGAAAAUCCCAAUAAUGCUGCCAGCAAUGAACAUUGCGCACAUAUUUGGCAUUCCAAAGCCAAUUUUGAGUGGAAUGAUAAUGUUUGUACAAAUAAAAUGGGCUACAUAUGCGAAAAAGAAAUCCAAUAGUCCAAUUUCUUGGUGUGAUUCAUUUUUCAAUAAAAUCAGUCUAAUUAAAAAUCCAGUACAUUAAAAGCCGAAA